AAUUUAUGCAAUUAAUAGCAUCAAGUUUAGGCCUUCCUUCCGACUCUUUAUAUAAGUUUCUGGAUCCUCCUAAUAAACAGAUGAAUCGUUUAAAGAUUGUUAAAUAUCCUCCAUUAAAUGCAUUAGCUUUAGGCCCAGAUGAUAUUGCACAAGGCGUUGGACCUCAUAAAGAUGCUUGGCUAACU